AUGGAUAAUAAAUCAACCAAAAAACCAUCUAUAUUUGAUAAUUUACUGGAUGAAACCAAUGACGGAGAUAUUGAAAAUACAACUCAUGAUGUAUUUAAAUCAAAUAAACAGAAUAAACUAAAUUCACAAAAUACAAUUUUGAACCAAUCAAACAAUUGUGAUGUUAUGGUAAAAUAUUUUCACAUGAAAUAUUAGUUAAAUUUAUUAAUUGUAUUAGAACAUAAUUUUAGACUUUAGCUGUGAAUGUAAAAUACGAUUCUCCUUAUUAAUGUACUAUCCAUUUUAGCUUAAAGCAUUUGAUGACGCAUUUGAAACUAUUUAUGGUGAUUGUGAUGAUAUUAGUUUUAUUCAAGUUCAGCAAAUAUCAGAAGAAUUACAAACAAAUUGUGUAAAUCUAAUAAAUAUGGUUGAAAAUCAAAAUAAUUCAAGUAAGAUUGUUAUAGUAGAAUUCUAGUAUUUUAAAUAAUUUUAAGAAGUAUUGAAUACCUACCAAGUUUAAAAUUAAAUUACCUACCUAUAAGUAUAAAAAAAUAGUUAACCUUUAACAAAUUUAUAUUUAUAAACUUAAAAAUGAAAUGAAAGACUUUUAUUUUAUACAUAAAUAUUUUUCUCGGUUUUUGUUUUAGUAAAUUAUCUAAGAAUAUAAAUAAACCGAAUUAAAACAAAAUAAGUACCUACUUAGUUUCCAUUUGUUUAUAAAUAUUAAUUUUAAUUUGUAAACUUGUGUAUAUUAUAUUGCUAAAAUAUAAGUAUUAAGCAGGCAUCUAGAUAUCUUAUCAUCCUUAAUUUUCUAUUAAAUUUUCAUACUAUAAAAUAAUCAUUAUUUUCAUAUUUGCCGGCCUUUUUCUAAUUCUUGUUUACUGGUCUCAUACAUUUUUGUCAAAUGUUUAAUAAAUAAUUUUUGUUUCAAAAGUUGAAAUUGAACAAUUAAGAUCUAAGUAUAAUCUUUUGGAAAAUGAAUCUGGUACUACUAUAAGGAAAUUACAACAUCAAAUUGAAGAGUUAAACUUAGAACUUAAACAACAAUCUUCACUUAAUUCCAUCAUUGGAUCUACAUUCAGCUACUACUUAUGGGAAGCCACCCAAAUAUCUGCAGUUGUUGAUAUGGUUUUACAAAAGGUUUAUAUUUAUAAUGUUAUAAUAUUAAUACUAAAUAUUUAGAUGUAUCUGCAUGCCAUUAAAUUGUAAAUAUUUUAGGAUAAACUGACAAACAUGGCUAAAUUAAUGAGUAGUAUACUUGGUUCAUUUAUUGAAUCGUACAGUAAUAUGAUGCCAUCAAUAAAAACAUACGAAACAAAAUUUGUGUUAAAUAUUUUGGGUAUUGUAGCUAAUUUAACAACCACACAAGCUGGUUGUCACUUUUUUUCACAAGUAAUUGAUGGUAUUAAUGUUAUUAAUGCUAUUAUGUCUUUGGUGUUGUGUACACCUUCUUCACUAAAAAAUAAUUUAAAGAAGUAAAUAUUAUGGUUAUAUAUAAAUAAGUACAAAUUGUAACAGAUAAUAUUUAUAAAUAUUUUCUGUUACAAUUUUUGUUAUCAGUUAAACUAUUAUUCCACAAUUACUAUAAGAUAUUUUAUUAUUAGGGUUGGGUAUGCAGCAUUAUAUAAUGUGAGUAUUCAAUUUAAUGGACAUUUGCUUAUGGAAAACAAUAAACUUAUAGAAACCCUACAUAAUGACAUCAAAACGAUUACUAACAAAAAUAUUAAUGAUAUGUUACUAUUUGCAUUAAAAUUGUUGCACUCACUCAGUAGAGAUAUUAAUGAAUCAAUGUAUAUUAUUCUUAAAAAUCAAGUAAGUUAUAUAUUACAUGUUAUAAUAUGAGUAAUAUGUAUAAAUUAUGUAAUAAAAAUAAAUUUAUAUUCCAAGUAUUAGGUAGUGUAGGUAAUAUAUUGUUUUUUUCUUAAGUACCUAUUAAUUUAUUUUAUGAAUAUGAUUUAUCAAUAUUUGAAAUAUAUAUAUCCAAUAUUAUAUUAUAUAGAAAUCAUUUUUAAUAAUAUAACAAUUUAUAAUAUUAAGUUAAUUUUUUAAUAUUUAUGUAUUAUAUAGAUAAAUUUACAAGAAAUUCUAAAAUUGACAAGAUACACCAAGACAGAAUUAAUAUCUAGAAAAAUAUAUGAAAACAUUAGUAUUGCAAGUGAAAAAUAUAAUGAUAUAUUUGAAAAAGUUUCAGAGGUAUCUAUUUAAAUUAUUUUAAUAUGCAAAUAACUGUGUAGGUAAGACAUGUUAAAUGUGGUUUAAAAAUAGUUUAAGUUUUUUUUUUGUUUUUAGAAAUAUGAAUAA